GUACAGUCAAAACGGAAAAUUCAGUCGGACCUGCAAAAAAAUUGGUCUUGUAAAAAGUCAAACCGUUUACCAGAGAUUCGCAGGUGCUAAGCAAAAAAAAUAUUCUUCGAAACUCAAUGCCAAGGUCGUGCCACUUUGGAGUACCAUUGAGCAUGAUACGGUCCAUGGCACUUCCAAGGAGGACACCGCAGCGGCCGAACUGUUGGAAAACGCAUUUAAUCCGGACUCUGACACUGGCGGCCGAUCGCUCAUGGACUUCUACAGUACCUGCAAUAACUCAUUCACCUCAUGGAGACUUCUUCAAGCGAGCAAUAGCACAGCGACGUGUGUUUGCACAUGCUCAGGUACUAGGUCGCCUGAGAUUUAGUCGACAUCUCUCUUAUAACAGUCACCUAGUAUUCAAUCUAGCAAGCAGUUUGGAACUGUCACAUCUUGUACAAGCCCUCAAAUUGCGACAAUGCGAACGAGCUUGGUCUAUAUAUCGUUCAUUACGGAAAAGCAGCCGGAAUCCAGCCAUCCCAACUGAGGUUGUUGGUGAUCUUUAUGCAUUGCUUCGGUAUGCUCGCCAACUUACUGUGAUGGAGCCGGCAGCGCUUAAGAAAGAUCAACAGAUAGAAAGUAUUUUAAACGACGUUGAAGUCUCUGGGGUUGGCAAGGAAGAUUUUUUAGCUUUUGUCAACGAUAUACCCAUUUCAGACUACAAGAUGCUUCACCGUGCCAUACGUGCAAAGGAACCCGAAGCGGCCAUAACGAUAUUUCGACAAAUGGUGACAAUGGGAGAUGCCAAAAAGUUGACGAGAAGCUGGAUAUAUCAACUUUUACAUCUGUUCUCACAAGGACAAGAAUCGGAAUUAUGUAGCGAGGUUAUAGAAUAUGUAACCAAGAACCAGCUAUCCAACAUGUCAGAAGAUGAUUUCAAGGUGUCAACUGACAUUUAUUCGCAAUUCAAAUCUAAUAAUGGCGCAGAGGCAACAAAGCGUUUAUACAGCCUUAUGGAGACUGGCGAGGUGGCAGGAAAGUUGGAGCAUCUAAUGUGGGUUGCAUAUCAUUGGAAGCAAUAUCACCUUUUGGAAGAUCUUUUUCAAGCGAUGAAGGUGGACGGUACUAUACCAAGGUGCGAGUCCUACGUGUUUCUUAUGAGACACUAUCAAAAGUCCAAACAGCACACCAAAGCUCUCGAAACAUUUCAGGAAUUAAUGUCCAGUGAUAUCAAACCAUCCAUCGAAGCGUUCAACGUCCUUCUUCAAGUGUUUUCAGACCAGAGAGCAACGGACCAGAUAUCAAUCAUGAUACAGGCUAUGAUCGAUCGAGGAUAUCCGCCUGAUGCGGCGUCAUUUUCAGAGGCAAUGAAGGCCAACGCCCAGGCGGGGAAUCUUCACGCUUGUAUAGAAUAUUAUCAUAUGAUGAGAGAUCUCAACAUUCAGCCUAAUAUCUACAGCUACAACAUCCUGAUUAACGCAUUUUCGGAAGCCAGGAAUACGCCGGAAGUGAUUCACUGGUUUCAAGCAAUGUUGGCGGACGGAAUACUACCCAACCAUGUCACCAUUACCACUUUGAUCAAGGCAUUUGCGUCUGACGAUCCGGAAGCCACGGUCAGGAAUUCGAUUCGCAUUUUUGAGCAGGCCGUCGCGACUGGUAUUAAACCCGAUGUCGUCUUAUAUACCACCUUAAUCAAGAUGUAUGCGGAUACCGCCAACAUGCAGGCAGCGCUUAGCAUUCACAGCGAUAUGCUAGCAGUGGGUAUCAACCCAAAUGUAUAUACCUACACGUCCUUAAUCGAAGCUUGUGUCAAUACGUCUCAGAUGGAUGUGGCGCAAAAGAUUUUCCACCUCAUGAAGGAGACAGAAAACAAGCAGCCCAACGCGUUCACUUAUUGUGUCAUGCUUCAAGCUUUCAUGAAAGUUCAAGAUGUUGAUAAAAUCAAGGAGCUGUACGAAGAAGCCAUUGAUCAAGUGCAAUCGGGUGCCAUUGAGGGAGACCAUGUUCUCAUCGACUGCCUAUCACAAGCUAAGGUGUACUUGAGCGAAGAGACGGCAAUGACCAUUGAAGUAGCGUGAAUGAUGGAAGUGUAAUGUAAAUUAUAGAGCAUCCAUACCGUGCCUGGAUGGCAUUUGAAUAAAUAUAAUUGAAAGGUUUAUUUUGAUUGCAAGACGUAAAGAAAAUCUAUCAAGCCAUAUUUAUAAGCGAUACUGCAGCCAUUUUUUUUUUUGGUCUUUUACAACUUGGCACCAGCAUCGUAGAUGUCAGAACCCCAUGAGGCGG